CCAAACCCUCCUCAGUCCUCACCCACCCAACACGUUCCCUUCUUAAAACCCACAAACCAUCUCCGUCACGGCCCCCUCCGCCGCCGCCGAUAACUACCCCAAACACACCCUACACACACACACAGCGUGGUCUCUAAUUUAGUCUCGGAGCGAAGUAAAGAAUCAACUCAAGCACGCAGAAAAACGCGCGCACAUCUGUAACUGAUCGUCGAUCCUUUUUACAGUACUGCAUCACACUCUUUCAAAACCCUAAUUAUUCCCCCAAUUCUGUUGGUUUUGUGUCAGAUUUUGAGCCCUCCAAUCUUUGGGGGUUUGUAUUUGCUAUUAUGGUUACUGGAGGGGCCCGCCAGGAAGAAGGGGACAAGAACCCAGCAGCUAUCUCAAGAGGAGGGGCGACCAGGUCCUGGGGCACCACCGUAUCUGGCCAAUCUGUAUCCACCAGUGGCAGUGUGGGCUCCCCGUCGAGCCGUAGCGAACAGGCCAUGGCCACACCCGCCAGCGACACUACUGUCCUUAGGUUAAACAACCUCGACAUCCACGGGGACGAUGCGGGAUCACAAGGUGCUGGUGGUAACAAGAAGAAGAAGAGAGGUCAACGUGCCGUUGGGGGAGAUAAGAGUGGUAGAGGACUCCGGCAGUUUAGCAUGAAAGUGUGCGAAAAAGUUGAAAGCAAAGGAAGAACCACAUACAAUGAGGUCGCAGAUGAGCUUGUGGCCGAAUUUGCUGACCCCAGCAACGGUGUUACAACCCCAGAUCAGCAACAAUAUGAUGAGAAAAACAUACGCCGAAGGGUAUAUGAUGCUCUGAAUGUACUCAUGGCAAUGGAUAUCAUAUCCAAAGAUAAGAAAGAAAUUCAGUGGAAGGGUCUGCCUCGUACAAGCCUUAAUGAUAUUGAAGAAUUAAAGGCUGAGCGUCUUGGACUGAGAAAUAGGAUUGAAAAGAAAGCCACAUACCUACAAGAACUGGAAGAACAAUAUAUAGGUCUCCAGAACCUGAUACAGCGCAAUGAGCAAUUGUAUAGCUCAGGAAACUCUCCUAGUGGGGGUGUUUCAUUACCUUUCAUUUUGGUGCAGACCCGUCCUCAUGCUACAGUGGAAGUGGAAAUAUCUGAAGAUAUGCAACUAGUGCAUUUUGACUUUAAUAGCACCCCUUUCGAGCUUCAUGAUGAUAAUUACGUUCUCAAGGCAAUGAAAUUUUGUGAGAGACCACAGAGUGAUGAUAUGACUCCUAAUUAUGCUGCAGACGGAGGUGAAGGGUCUAGCAUGUCUAACAUGCAUCAACCACAAACCAUUCCUCCCCCCACGACAAGCACACCGAGUAGACCUCCCACCUCACCACCUAUUCCUGGAAUAUUAAAGGCGCGUGUCAAGCAUGAACAUUAGUAAGCAAGUUUCAAGGUUAACUAUUGCACCAGCACUUGUGUAAAUUGUUGUAAAGUAGUUUUGCUGCUAGUGGGGCAUGCUUAUCCUCACUCUUUAAUCUUUUAUUCCAAGGAGAUUAGGGAGACAAGAAGAUUAUAUUUCCUUGCAAUCAAGACUUCUAGGGAAAGUUGGUCUGAGCUUUGCAUAAAAAAAAGGUAAACAUCUCCCAUAGUGGGUGGUGUCGGGGAAAGACAUUAUUUGUGGCGAGACUGUUUCCUGGUUUGGCUUCUAGGUACGUUGCACUAUUGCAACUCUACGGUUGAGCCACAAAUCCUUAAUUUAGUAUUGUAAUUGCCUUUUCUUAUUUCUUUCACAAGUUCUUUUUGAUACAUCAUAGUGAAGUUGUAUUAGACUGUAGUUGAUCUGUCAGUUUCUCACAUAAUGAUCAAAUUAGAUCAAUAGUUCAACAUCUCCUGUAUCCCUUGUUGAAUUUGUA